AUGCAUGAACCCAGUACUACUCUCUUUUAUUCACAAUCCACUGAAGCUGAGAGAAUAGUUCAAGAAGAUGAACCAAAAAAUGAUGACAUCAUGGUUUCUUUUGCUGACUUGCAAUUCAUCCUUGAGGGGGAUAAUGAUCCUGAUAACAUGAUUAUGUUAGGUAAACAAUUCAAGAUCCUAAACAACAAACUCAAUUCUCUUUUACAGAUCCAAACAUAUAUUGGGGGUAUUGAGAAGCAACAAGUUGAAAGGUUGGAAGUUCAUGCCAGAAAUUUUGAGUACGAGAUUCAAAAGCUUCGUGAUGUUUCUAAGGAGUUUCAUGAACUUUUUGUUGAGCAUGUGAAGACUAUGAAAGAAUCUGUGGAUCUCAAGAUGGUUGAACUUAAAUUGGAGAUGGCCAAAGAGGUUGAGAAGAUAGAGAAAAAUUAUUCGGUCCUUCAUGGAAAAGUUUAUGUUGUUGUUGAUGCCAUUCCAAAGCUUGUUGAAUACAAUACAACUUAUUCGACCAAGCUUGAUGUGAAAUCGGAGCAAAAUUGUAAGGUGUUUGCUAAAUUGGAGGAAUUCUUUUCAAGUAUUAAGGAGUCCAUUUCGAAAAUUGAUCUUUCGACUCAAUCAACUGUGUCUUAG